CCACCUGCCUCAGCGUAACCGCCAAACCACCAGACACAGUACCCUAGCAAGUUCUAAAGCUCGUCCACCCUUUCCACCAUGCCGGUCGUAAAGGGCGGUGUCUGGACCAACGUCGAGGACGAAAUUCUUAAAGCUUCGGUUUCUAAGUACGGACUCAACCAGUGGCAACGCGUCUCUUCGCUCCUUGCCCGAAAAUCGGCGAAACAAUGCAAAGCUCGUUGGGCGGAAUGGCUGGACCCCAGUAUUAGAAAAGUUGAAUGGUCUCGCGAUGAAGAUGAAAAACUCCUUCAUUUGGCCAAGUUAAUGCCCACACAGUGGAGGACAAUUGCGCCCAUUGUUGGAAGAACCGCCACGCAGUGCCUAGAUCGAUACCAGAAGCUCCUCGAUGAGGCCGAAGCUCGAGAGACCGCUAGGCCUGAUGCGGUUGACAUGGAUGAGGAUGAAAAGGAGAUGCUAAGCGAAGCUCGUGCCCGUCUCGCGAAUACUCAAGGAAAGAAGGCUAAGCGCAAGGCUCGUGAACGGCAACUCGAAGACUCUAGGCGAUUAGCCGUACUUCAGAAACGCCGGGAACUCAAACAUGCGGGUAUCAAUAUUAAAUUAACCAACCGGCGCAGAGGCGAAAUGGAUUAUAACGCGGAUAUUCCAUUUGAGAAGAAACCAGCAUUGGGAUUUUACGAUAUUAGUGAGGAAGAGGCUCGGAAUGAGAGGCAGCGUGCCAACAUCGAUCCCCGGAAGGCUUUGUCCCAUACCAAGCGGAAAGGAGAUCAAGACGAGGAUCUAGAUAGAAAGAGGAGAAAAGGUGGGGAUAAAGACAAGAACGGUGCUGCUGCUGCUUUCGCAUCCGCAGCAAAGGCUGGACAAUUACAAAAGAUUCGACAAGCCGAGCAAUUGAGUAAGAGAAGGCAACUUGUCCUUCCUUCGCCACAAGUUGGGGAGACAGAAUUGGAGGAAAUUGUUAAAAUGGGUUUGAUGGGUGAAGAUGCGAAUAAAAUUGCUGGAGCCAGCGAUAACGAGUCGACUAAAGGGCUGGUUGGCAGCUAUACUAAUAUUAAUACUGGCGCACCUAUUCGCACUCCGAGGGCUCCCCCGACCGAAGACCGUGUAGCGAACGAAAUCAAAAAUAUCCGUGCGCUUACUGAAACCCAGUCUUCACUUCUUGGAGGGGAGAAUACCCCAUUGCAUGAAUCGGGUACCACUGGUUUUGACGGCAUUGCCCCCCGGAAGAUGACCGUGUCAACACCGAAUCCUUUAGCGACACCAUUCCGUGCUGGUGGGGUCGUAGACGCUACACCUGGUGCUACCCCAGGUAGACCUGGACAAACACCUUUAAGGACUCCAAGAGAUUCUUUAGCAAUCAAUCAGAAUGGGGCAUAUGCCGGUUCUCUUGUUUCCAUGACUCCUAGGGACCAAAAGCUGCAACAGAACUCGAUCAAGCAGCAGUUGAGAUCUGGUUUUGCGUCGCUCCCUAAGCCUAAGGAGAUAGAAUUAGAAGAACCAGAGGAGCCAGAAGAAGAUACGGACACCCCGGCGGGGUCACAACCCGUAGAGGACAGAGAAGAAAUAGACCGCCGGAACCGUGAACGCGCUGAGGCUGAGGCUACGGCAGAACUGAAACGCAGAACACAGGUCAUACAGAAGUCACUCCCGCGCCCAAGGAUUGUUGACAUCGGAGCACUUCUAGAGGCCGGGAUGUCAAACGAACGGAAUUCUAUACAAAAAAUGAUUUCCCAAGAAAUGGCCACCCUGAUUGGGACAGAUGCCCUACGAUACCCAGUUAAGGGCGGAAAGGUCACAGGCGCUCCAAAACCCCUCGAGAAAUUGGAUGAUGAUCUCCUCGAGAAGGCGAGAAUGGAGAUUGUUUUGGAGUUGUCGCCGGAAAUUGUCGAGCGGGCUAAACCGGGGGUUGAGGGUGCUUGGCUGAGGAUUCAUUCAUCUCCUAAUCUUCCAGGACUCGAAGAUUACCGAGCAGGUGACGAAGACAACCAGAUUAAAACCUAUGACUUCAUCCAAGAAAAGCUCACCAAAGAUGCCACUCAGGGCAACAAACUAGAGAAGAAACUCAGCCUCCACCUCGGCGGCUACCAAGCCCGUUCCAAAAUGUUGUGCCAAAAGUUAAUCGAAGCAUCUGAAGCAAUCGCGGAAACAAGAAGGGACCUGGAGGGCUUCAGAACCCUGAAAAUUAGCGAAGCAGCCGCCCUCCCGAAAAGGCUUGAAGGGCUUAGGAAGGAAGUUGCCUUCUUGGACAAGAGGGAAAGGGAAGCCCAAGAAGUCUAUAGAACUAGAAAAGAAGAGUUGGAGAGUCUGUAAAAUGUUUUUCGUUUUCCAUUGCCAUAUUUAGCUUGCGAGAUAUCUCAUUUCUUUUGUUUGGGAUGUACUAAAAGUGGGAAGGUUUCGAUUCAAAGUGUAUCAUUAGUGAGGUACUCAGGCGAGCUAAUUGGGGAGAAGAGAGAGCAUGUGAAAUGCUGAAUUGAAUGCAAGAUGAAACCCUG